GGCAUGCCUCCAACUUCACCGCAUUUGACUAUCGAUUCCUUGCAUAGUCGUGGCGUCUCUACCAAAUUCUAUCCGCUGCUUAUCGCCAUGAUAUUAUCGAGGCUCAUUUACUUUGUCGUUCGAUGAAAGCCUACAGUAUAUAAACGAACUAGUCUUUCGAUCAUCACCCUUCCCAUUAUUUUUCAGGGCAAUCAAAGCCCAGGGGCUCCUCAUAGCCUAGAUUAUUUCUUUGGAUAGUUCGAAAAUAACUUUCUCGACCCCACGACGAAGUAUACCACGCCCUGAUGCACCUGGCUACCCCCUGACGUGUUUAUGGCUUAUAGCCGGUACAUCAGCAGACCGCCCUCGCGCCUUACUCGAGAAGGUAACCAACCAAUAUGUCAUAGCCAAAAGCACUGACCAACCUUGUCUCCUUACCCGAUUCACGGGCGAUCUCAAACAUAUCGAUGACGAGACUCCCUUACAAAUCACUAUCGGUGUGCUAUCGAAGCCCCUAAAACCCGACCAUGCUUUCAGUAUCUGAUACAACGCUCCGUGCCACCUUUUCGGAGCUCAUUGUCGCCACCACAUCACAGCAGUAUGUGAUUGGCACAACAAUGCUAUUUACUAACAGCAUGGUAACUACGAUUGAGUCGAUAGUAGCCGUCAAAGGCGAUUGGGGGUUCGAUGACUCUGGAGGUGUAGAUGGCUAUUUGCAUUGGACUUCGCUUGAAUCAUGGGACCGCAUUCUCAAGGACAAUCAUGACAGCCGAAAGGUGAUCCAAGCCGCUGGGGAUUUAUACUUCGAUUCCUUUGCAAACGAAAAUGUCGGCGUUCCGUUCGGCAUGUCUUGUGCUCGUCUUGAGGGUAGAAAAUACACCGACCCGAACGUUACUGGAGGCAAUACCUGUCUACUCGGCUACCCCUUCGACGCUGACGUGACGAACCGCCGAUACAUUAUCGAUGAAGAAUUAGAUACGCUCAAUAUGUAUCUUGUUUUCCCGGGGCUCGAUCGCUCUAGACCAGAAAUACCUCUUCCCGAUAACCUCACUUUUAGGGUCGAAGAAGGGCUUAUUAGAUACAUCCAUACUCCCUUAGCUUAUGUGAACGCUGGGUGCGGAUUGAACUUGAGUAUAACUACCCAGGGACAUCCGCCAUUCCAGAUUAACAAAGACUUGUAGUAGCUUUCGUCCUAGUAUUCGCAGAGUUGGCCAUAGCUAC